AUGAAUGUUGGAAGGCCAUACAAGCAUCGUUUGACGAAAAAUGCCAAUUGGAGUUAUGGUGCUUUGAGUCUUUUUAAAGAUAAAACUAAAAAUCGACCGAAAACAUACUUGAAAAUUGCUAAAGGAAGUUCAUCUGUUACAUUAUCGAGAAAUUUUGUGGAUUUUAUGGUGGAAUAUUUGAACUUGACGACUCUCAUUGAGAUGUUCCUGGUGGCUUCACAAGAAAAUGCAUUGAUGAACAAAACGAUUUUACCACCAGGUCAGUUUAGUAAUAAUCUUAGCCCCGUUAUAUUCUACUAA